GAAAAAAUAAAGAGAAAGAGACAUCUCUCUAGUAAUAAUUGAGAACCCUACUUCUCCUUUUUCUUGUGGCAAGCACUUUGGUCUUAAUUAGAUCUUGACUAACUCGAAAACCCUUUAGAGAAGAAACACACAGAGCAACCAAGCGAAGCUAUUAGCUAUGUCAUCUCUGCUUCUCCGCCUCUCUUCCAAGACCUCUCUCCGCAAACUUUCUCUGAGAUGCCGCCACAGUACCCUUCGUAUGUUCUCCUCCUCCUCCACCACCACCAACCCUUACUUGAUGUUUAGUCUGAUACAUUAUGGAAGUUGUUUGGAUGAUAUUGAUGUAACAAGCACUAUACACUAUUUUGACCCGGUCAAGGAAGAUGAAAUUAUUGUCAGAGACAAGGCCUUUCCCAUGGAGUUGCGUAAUACGAGUCUGGUUGGAAUGUCCCACGGAUGGGGAGUUUUCAAUGUGGAGACAGGUGAUGGUAGACAUAAAGCCGUUUAUGUUAGCGACUACUGCAAUCCUUGUGGCUCCAAAUCAAAUCCCAAAAUCAUUCCUUUGCAUCCCAUGUAUCCCAUGGGUAAACCUAAUAUUACUCAAUUACGCCUCAUCACUAACGCUGCAAUGACUUGUUCACCAGAUCAAAGUAAAGAUUUUGUAGUGGCUGCCAAUUGUUUAGGACUUGAGAUCCAUUUCUUUAGGCCUUGUGGCAAAACUGACAACUACUCGGGUUUAGGCUUUAAAACCGAAUCCCACUUUUUUGAUCAGUCAAAGGUUAUGUAUUCAAAGAGAGAUAAAAAGUUCUACACUCCUAGUGUUGGAGGCCAUUUGUUGGGUUUCUGGGAUUCUUGCUUCGAGGAUUUGAGUUGCGGUUUUGCAACCUUCCUGAGGUGACACAGUCCGAGUGGGAGCUCUUGGACUCAUGUUCCCCGCCGACUGUACACCUCGUUGAGUCUCCCUCAGGACAGCGUUUCCUAGUCAAGUGGUACGCUCAGAACUACAAACCGGGCGAGAGGAUGACAUUCUUGUGUCGUGGAACAAAGCAUUUCAUGGUCUUUAGAGAGGAGGAAGAUAUGAACAUGUGUUACACUGAGGACAUUGGAGAUCUCUGCAUAUUCCUCGGCAGAAGUGAGCCCUUCUGUGUCAAGGCAAGCUCAUUCCCUGGCUUAAACCCUAACUCCAUCUAUUUUGCAGGCGAUGGCUUUGGUGUUUACGAUAUCGCCACUAGAAAACCACGUUCCUUUCGUCCCAAGUCUCCCUCAGCCUUCUCCACAACACCACUCUUCCCUUACUGGAUCCCUCCAAUGCCUCUCUAGUUACUAUGCAAACUUCAUUAGUUAUUCUCUUCUUGUAUUUUAGUUGGUGGAUCCAAUAUAGAAUCCAGUUUCUUGUUUCACUUUGUGUUAUGUAAACUCGAAAGAAACUAAUGAAGACAUGUUCACAAGCC